AUGCAUUACAGACUAACGAAUGCAUGGGUAUGCAUUAUACCCAUAUGUAUGAUAUAUUCACAGCACGCUCUGUGCUGCACAUCAUCUAAUUUAAGCUCAUGUCUUAGUGAAAAUGAAAGCAACCCCUCAAUAUUCAGCAAAAUAAAAUCCGCGGGAAAAGACCUAUACAAAAAAAUAAUCCAUGAUAAGAAAGAUACAAAAUCUACAAAAAAUAGCUAUACAAAGCUUGAAAGAUCCGAAGAUUAA